AUGCAGCUCCGAAAAAUACCCUAUUCACUCGUCGCGGCCGAUACCGCCGCCAUACAAGCCAUCCAAGACUCGUCCAACCCAUCUUCUCGCUCCCAACGCUUCUCUACCGCGCAUCAUCGCCUCGACGAAAUCGCGCCUGUCGUGCCCUCAAACGCGCACUUCAUCCACGAAACACCACCCUGGAAACCAUACGGCUAUACACUUUGGCAUCCGCUCAUCGCCAAAUCGCAAAACUUAAGCGAACAUCAUGAAAUUCUCCUUCCCACCUUUCUUUAUGAGGACCUUCUGCGUUGUCACAGCGCUUGGGUAGCGACAAAUCGAAUUCACACGUCCCUUCUCGAUGAUGUCGUCGAAAUGCUGAAGUGUACGAAGUCAGGGAAGAAACUAGCAACACUGCUUGACGGUGAGAGGAAAUGGUUUAUUCGACUUGAUCAGAUGUCGCCAAAAGACUCUCCCAUGGGCGGCAAGUUGCCUAGCUCAACCAUCCACGAGGUCGUCACGAGAAUCUGUACCAGCAUGCGCGCGUAUGGCUGUCUGACUCGUGAAUUCGACGACGCGAAGACGGAAGACAGGGAGAUGCAGAUCAAGCUUGUGCUGAACCCUUGGAACGAGGGUAUGGAUCCUGACAAAGAGUUUCGAGUUUUUGUGCCGCCACCUGCUGCGAAGAAUACAAGGAAACCACAUGCUACGGAGUAUGGUUUCAGUUUUGAUGUUACCUUACAGAGAAACGGGGGCGUACAGUUAGUGGAGCUCAACCCUUUCGGUGCGCUAUCAGGAUGUGGAGCUUGUCUUUUCAACUGGGUGUUAGAUGGGAGAGUGAUGUAUGGAUUAGAAGAGCCGCAGUUCAUCGUCACAUUAGACUAA